CGCCGCCAUCUGUCACCGCCGCUUCGGCCCCGGCCCCGGCCCCGGCCCCGGCCCCGCGUCGCCCCGGCCCCCCGUCGCCCCGGCCCCGCCUCCGGCCCCGCCAUCGCUCCUGUGCUCGCGGCUGGCUCUUCCCCGCAUGGAUCUGGUCGGAGUGUCAUCGCCGGAACCCGGGCCGGCAGCGGCCUGGGGCCCCAACAGGUGUCCAUGGGCUACUCCUCAAAAGACAAUAUCCUGUUCUUUGGCUGAUGUCAUGAGUGAGCAGUUGGCUAAAGAGUUGCAAUUAGAAGAAGAAGCUGCUGCUUUUCCUAAAGUUGCUGUUGCUGAAGGACCAUUUCUUACUGGAGAAAACACUGAUACUUCCAGCGACCUAAUGCUGGCUCAGAUGCUACAGAUGGAAUUUGACAGAGAAUAUGAUGCACAGCUUAGGCGUGAAGAAAAGAAAUUCAAUGGCGAUAGCAAAGUUUCCAUUUCCUUUGAGAAUUAUCGAAAAGUGCAUCCCUAUGAAGACAGUGAUAGCUCUGAAGAUGAGGUUGACUGGCAGGACACUCGUGAUGAUCCAUAUAGACCAGCAAAACCAGUUCCUACUCCCAAAAAGGGGUUUAUUGGAAAAGGAAAAGACAUCACCACCAAACAUGAUGAAGUAGUCUGUGGGAGAAAGAAUACAGCCAGAAUGGAGCAUUUUGCACCUGGGUUUCAGGUAGGAGAUGGAAUUGGAAUGGAUUUAAAGCUAUCAAACCAUGUUUUCAAUGCUUUAAAACAACAUGCCUACUCAGAAGAACGUCGAAGUGCCCGCCUCCACGAGAAAAAAGAACACUCUACUGCCGAAAAAGCAGUUGAUCCCAAGACACGCUUACUUAUGUAUAAAAUGGUCAACUCGGGAAUGUUGGAGACCAUCACUGGCUGCAUCAGCACAGGGAAGGAAUCUGUUGUCUUUCAUGCCUAUGGAGGGAGCAUGGAAGAUGAAAAGGAAUGUAGUAAAUUUAUACCUACAGAAUGUGCCAUCAAGGUAUUUAAAACAACCCUUAAUGAGUUUAAGAACCGUGACAAAUACAUUAAAGAUGAUUUCAGGUUUAAAGAUCGCUUCAGUAAACUAAAUCCACGUAAGAUCAUCCGAAUGUGGGCAGAAAAGGAAAUGCACAACCUCACCAGAAUGCAGAAAGCUGGAAUUCCUUGCCCAGCAGUUGUGCUGCUCAAGAAACACAUUUUAGUGAUGUCUUUUAUUGGCCAUGAUCAAGUUCCAGCUCCCAAAUUAAAAGAAGUGAAGCUCAGUAGCGAAGAAAUGAAAGAAGCCUACCACCAAACGCUUCACUUGAUGCAGCAGUUAUAUAACGAAUGCACGCUCGUGCAUGCCGACCUCAGUGAGUAUAACAUGCUGUGGCACGCUGGAAAGGUUUGGUUGAUCGAUGUCAGUCAGUCUGUAGAACCGACCCAUCCUCACGGCCUGGAGUUCUUGUUCCGUGACUGUAGGAAUGUCUCACAGUUUUUCCAGAAAGGCGGAGUGAAGGAAGCCCUUAAUGAACGAGAGCUCUUUAAUGCUGUGUCAGGUUUAAACAUCUCAGCAGACAAUGAAGCUGAUUUCUUGGCUGAGAUAGAAGCUUUGGAGAAAAUGAACGAAGAUCACGUUCAGAAGAAUGGAAGGAAAGCUGCUUCGUUUUUGAAAGACGACGAAGGUCCUCCAGUCCCACGCGAUGCAUAGCACCAAUACCCGCUGCUCUCAGUGGCGACCCAGCGGCGACUGCCAGCUGCCAAUGCCAAAUGAAGUUACGGGCAACUUGAGAUACCAACACGAGGAGUGUACAAUGGUGCUUCUGUGCUUUUCCCCUGGUAGCCCUAAUGCCAGAUGUGUGGAAUUUUAGCUCGGCAUUGAGAGAAUAAAAUGUCACUACCUCUCAUCUUAUGAACAGGAUAAUAUAAUUCUUUAACAGCUACAGGUUAUCUGGUUGAAAUCGACUGGAUUUUACAGGAUUCGUGGUGUAAAAUGUUUUGAUGAGAAUUGUUUAAAACGUGGGUAACGUUUUCAGAUAUGGGAGGAAAGGCCAGAUGUUUACAAGGGAGGCCUUUAUUGCCACCUACUUGCUCUGAUACAUCCCUGCUUUGAGUCUCAUCUUUCCUUGAAUAUUUUAUUGGCCUGACAUGAGUCCGUCUCAGUUCUUUUUCCAGAUUGUGACCAUGAUUCUAAAGAAAAAUAUCUUCCUUUAGUAGUUGUUUUAAAUGGAAAUCUGGUUUCAAAAUGGCUGAUGGAAAUAGACAUAAGCAAAAUACUUUUUAUUGGUACAUCGUGAAUAUGACCUGAGUUCUUUUCCACGUUCAUAUCCAAGAAAAGGAUUGUAGGUUUCUGAAAGACAAAUAUAUAAGAACUUAACCACCCAAAUUUUUAAAAAUUAACUUUCAGCAUUUCUACAUUUGGGUGAAAGGGAUAGCGUGUGAUGCAUGUGGUGCAGCUGCUCUGCAUUUAUAAGGAAAAUGUAAGCUAUCUGGAAAGGUGGGAUGCUAAAAUUUAACCCUGUUUGACAUAUUUUAAUGAAGUCGGUGAUACAAAGUUCAGUUUCCAUAUCACUGAAACUCUGUACUUACUGAUUCAUUUUGAGAGAAAUAUAGUAAGUCAAAUGAUGAACACUAAGUUUGAAACAAGUUGGGUACCAACGUAACCUACUGAUUGAACUAUCUGACCUCACUUUUAAUAAUUUUUAGACUGGCCGGAUGCCACUUCUUAAAUAAAGCAAGCACUGCACUGGCUUUGUUAGACUGAAGUUCAUUAACUACAAUGUAAUCAUUCCUCCUACUGCUGAUUUCAGAUUGGAACUAGUAGAGACCCACUCUGGUCACUGAAAGUAAAAGUCUAAACAUUACUUAUGCCUGAAAGUUUCUCCUUUGACAUUAUUUUAAAAUGCCAAAUACGUUCUUUCUCGAAAAGUACUUAUUUUUGUUUCUGUUGUAUACCUUUUAAGAGAAGUGUGAUUUGGGGUCAAUACUUAUUACAUUUCUUAAGUGUUUACUACUAUGAAACAGAUUUCAAUGACUGGUGAUUAUUGGUUUUACAGAAAUUUCAAAGACCUAUUUUUAAAAAACCAGUAAUCAUUUAAAAUUUGUUUGUUUUCUGACAUACUCUGUUUGACUAAGAGCAGCAAACUGUUGCUGUAUAGCAUUCUUGGAGUGUGCUGUGAACAUGCUUUUUAAGAAAUUAAAAAUGAAGAAAUCAUUUUAGAA